AUGUCGUCGCACUCGGCUGGCGGAGGUGACCGUACAGGGGUCGAUCGCCCCACGGGACCCGCCGGUUCUUCCUCAGCCCAUGAGGCAAGCCGCGUGCCUGGGUCGGGGUUAUCUUCGGCGUACCCGGUCCUCAACCCGAAUACCACCAACCCAUCCCAGAGUGCAGCUCGUCCCCCGUCCAUGCUUGGGGGCGCUUCCUCGGCCUAUGGUGGAGGCUUUAGCUCGUACGUCAACGACAAGCAGUCUGAGAGGGACCGCCUUCGCCAGGUGGACAGGGAACGCGAACAACAGCAGCGUGAGCGACGCGAUAGUGCGCCCCAGCCGCCAGCAGCAAAACCUACUGGGCCCGACACCUCCCCCGGGCGUCCCACCGGUACACAACAACAACAGUACGGCUCGCGUACCCUCCUCUCGACGUCUCCCACUCUCUCAAAUCGGCCCAACCCUGGCGCGCCGCCUGCGUCAUCCGCAGCUCCCAAGCCUCCCAGCACGAUGCCACCUUCCUCCGCAUCUCUCGCCUCUCGGCCCGGUGUGAGGCUGCCAGGGUUCUCCACGCUCGGCGGCUCCCGACCUCUGGGAGCGCCAUACGACGGUCCAAGUGGUCGCGCGCGCUCCGGCAGCACCUCGAGCGUUGGCACUCCAAUCGGAGAGAAGCCGCCGCACAGUGGCCACCAGCGCAACCUCUCAGCCAACAGCAACCCGCGAGACAUGGGCGGGCUGCCGUCCCUUGGUCAGACGAGUCCAAUCAAGCCCGCCGCCCCGGGGUCCUCGUCUUCAGCGGCGCGUGGUCUCUAUGGUGGACCGCCUCCUCUUCCGGGUGGCGCACGCGACCCUCCCCAGCGCUCUCCAGUCCAGUCCACCGCGUCCAUCUCGACCUCGCCACAACAGCAAACACGUGAACCGCCGGCUCCUGCUGGUGGUGCGAAGCCGACAGGUUCGACUGCGACAUCCGCUUCCCAGCGCCCGCCGUAUUCGACCUCCUUCAGCUCGACCUAUGCGUCUGCAUACACCCAGCCCUACAGCUCGUAUGGCCUGGGUAGCGGAUUCCUGGGCAGUGGGUCGGGAUACCAGUUCUCCUACACGAAUCAGGAGCGCGAACGACGCGAACGCGAACAACGUGAGCGUGAAAAGGAACGCGAGCGCGAGAAGGAGAGGGAGCGCGAUCGUGAGCGUGAAAGGGAACGCGAGCUGGCCGACAGGCAGCGCCGUGAGCGCGAGCUUGAGCGUGGACGUGCUGCUCAGCGCGACCGUGAGCGUAAACUCGAGAUUGAGCGCGAGGAGCAGCAGCUCCGUGCCGAGCGCGAGAAGGAGCGUCGCUCCGGUUUUGGUGUGCAGACCAAACCCUUCCAGCCACCCCGCUCCGAGUCGCUCCCCUACAGCGACUUUUACGGCCGCCCUCGCCCGCCGCCGGCUGGUGCCUCUACGCAACAGUCUUCCUUCAACGAGCCCAAGUUCACGCGGCACAUCGAAGUGAUCAACCGCCCCGGCGAGCACCAGACCGACCGGCCCGCUGCAACAGCAUCCGCGCCCGCGCCUCCCCCGACAGCUCCUGGCCCAUCUGCGCAACCUGCUACCGCACGUGUUGAGCGGCCGUACACCUACAAGCCACAGGAGCAGCGCGAGUACCAGUACCAGUCCCGGGACAUCAAGCGUCCGCGCACGGAACAGGAAAUCGAGGAGCAGCAAGCGGCUGCUACCCAGAUGCAGGCUCAGGCAACGGCACCUGCGCCUGCAGCCGCCGCUGCCCCCGCUCCCGCGGCCCGCCGCACCGCUGGAGGAGGCGGUCGCGCGAAGAAACGCAAAGAGGAGGAGAAGAAGCCGCCGGUGCGCGACUGGUCGCUGCUCACGACUGCCGUCAAGAAGUGGCCCGAGGUCUCAAGUGCGCCUGUUGAGAACUGGCUCAAGAAUAAGGGCUCUGACGUCACCCAGCGGAUAGUCGGCUACGACGUCUACCGUGGUUGCAACUGGUCACUGGCGCAGACUGCUUUGUCAAUGGAGGACUGCCUCGGUGGCGUGGCGGUCGUGCGCAUCAGCGGCGCCUUCCUCGGCUCACAGUGGAAGGUGCGCGGUGAGCCUGGUUGGGACGAGGCGAGCGCGGACGCCGUGCCCCUCCUUGGCGAGCGUAAGAUCUGGGGCACAGACGUGUACACGGACGACUCGGACCUGGGGCUCGUGCUCAUCCACGCAGGGUGGCUCCGAUGGGGCGGAGCGAGCACACACGACAGCGACGCCAUCAAUGUGACCGUCCGUAUCGUGCCAACACUCGUGCACUACCCCGCUACAGCGCGUAACGGCGUGACGACGCGUGGAUGGGGCAACUCGCACGAUGGUGCUAGCAUUGUCGUCGAGCGCGUCGAGCGCGUCCGUGUCGACAAACCGACCAUGGCACGCCUUCCGCAGUUCAAGCGCCGCAAGAUGGCCAUGGCCGAGCGUGCACUUGAGGCUGCGGCAAUCAACGUCUAUGCGCCAGCUCCGCUCGACCUAGAGACCGCCGCUGGCGUACUCAGCGAGGACCGGACCGAGACGCCCAAGCCGCGUUUGUACAACGCCGACUGGAACCGGGAUAUGCAGGUAGUGCAGCUGGACAUCCCAUUCUGCGCGCUGGACUAUAGCCCGGCCGCGCUGGCCGGGUAUCUCGACCCUCCAGGCGAAGGCGAUGCCACGCCGAACCUUUGGACACAUGACCUCUUCUUUGGAAACUCCGUGGAGCGCUACUUUGUGGAACUUGUCACAAACGAGCGCGGCUCGCCACGCUUGGAUAUUACGUGGCUGGAAACUCCGCCGGGCUGGGUCACGCGCAGGGACCUCGCUGUCGACGUUGACCCGCGCAAAGUUCACUGGACCGAGGACGGGAUGGCGCUAAGCUUGGAGGGCGACGAGGAGAACGUGUCCGGCCUCCUGUGCCCUGCCAAAUACCACGGCUGGAUCAUGCGUCCAAAGCCGGUCCAGCCUGCGUAUCUUGAGGACAUUGAGAAAGUCUAUCCGGCUAAGUCCCCAGCCAAGUCGCCCCUCAAGGACGCAAUGGAGGUCGAUUCCAAGGUAGCCGUGACAGCAUAA